CCGGAGCCGCCGCGAGGCUGUGGGGCCGCCGCCGCCGCCUAUGGAGCCCAACGGGACGGCGGCGGCGGGGGACAACGGGACGACGGGCGGUGGCGGCCCCCCCGAGGGCGGCCCUCUGCUCAUCCCGUCGGACUUCGGGACGGUGCUGUCGGUGAUGUACGUGGCCGGGGUGGCGGGCAACGUGUACACGCUGGUGGUGAUGUGCCACUCGGCGCGCUGCGCCGCCCCCAUGUACAGCUCCAUCGUCAGCCUGGCCCUGGCCGACCUGCUCUACCUCUCCACCAUCCCCUUCAUCGUCUGCACCUACCUGGCCCAGGACUGGUACUUCGGGGACCUGGGGUGCCGCAUCCUGCUCAGCCUGGACCUGCUCACCAUGCACGCCAGCAUCUUCACCCUCACCUUGAUGUGCACCGAGCGCUACCUGGCCGUCACGCGGCCCCUGGACACCCUGAAGCGCUCGCGCGGCUACAGGAAGGUGACGGCGGGCGCCGUCUGGUCCGUGUCGCUGCUCCUCACGCUGCCCAUGAUGCUGAUGGUCACCCUGACCGAGGGGAGCAAGGCGGAGGGCAAGGUGAAGAGGAUGUGCGCGCCCACCUGGAGCGUGGACGCCUACCGGACCUACCUGACGGUGCUGUUCAGCACCAGCAUCAUGGCCCCGGGCAUCAUCAUCGGCUUCCUCUACACGCGCCUGGCCAGGACCUACCUGGAGUCCCAGCGGAACCCGCCCCACAAGGAGAAGAGCAAGAGGUCCCCGCGGCAGAAGGUCCUCAUCAUGAUUUUCAGCAUCGUGCUGGUCUUCUGGGCCUGCUUCCUGCCUUUUUGGAUCUGGCAGCUGGUGCGACUCUACAGCAGCCCCCUGCAGCUCACCACCCAAACCCAAAAGUGCAUUAACUACCUGGUGACCUGCCUGACCUACAGCAACAGCUGCAUCAACCCCUUCCUCUACACCCUGCUCACCAAAAACUACCGGGAGUACCUGCGCAACAGGCACCGCAACUUCUACAGGUUCACCUCCUCCUUUCGCAAGAGGGGCUCCAACCUGCAGUGCUCCUGGGGACGCUCCAUGUCCUCCAGCAACCAGUACGACUACAGCUCGGAGGCCCUGGGCAUGGCCACGCUGAAGGACAAGUGAGGAAGAGGAGGCUCUCUGGAGACACCAGGACCAGAAGAGCGUCUGGCCGAGGGUUUCUCUUGUUCCAUCUGACCUCAUGUUCCACCCCUGGAGGAAUUACAUCAAGACUGGAUCCCCGAUGCCAUGGUCUGGGUUGCAAGUGAAGGAGAUGGUGAUGGCGUAGCGAGUGCCCCAGUGAACCUUUUCCA